AUGACAAGCAACAACGAAGAUGAAGAAAAUAUGGAAUUUAUACCUAUAAUAGCGGAUACAAUUAAAAAAAUUGCUGAAACUUCUACUGCUUCUAAGAAAUCAAGAAAAAGAGUGAGGAGAAAGCUGAAAGAAUCUCCACCAUGUAAAAUACUUAGGCACGAUGCAUUGCCUAAGGAAGUAAGAGUAGGAUCAGUUUUUGGCAACAAGAAGAACAUGACUAAAUUUUUCUGCAGCUUGGAGAUAAACCAAAAAGUUGAAUUCAUUGCUGUUGGAUCAUGUUCAAAGAGAUACGAGCUGAAAUGCAUCGUGGAGAAAUGUGGUUGGAAUGUACGUGCUACCAGAAUAAAAAAUUUCUCACUUUUUAGGGUGAUAAAAUAUCAUAACAACCAUGAAUGCUCGGUGGAUGCAAGAAAAUCAAAUCAGAAGCAUGCUACAUUAAAUUUUAUAAGUGAACAAAUUUUAGAACAUGUUCGAGAUAAAAAGAUUGAGGUUACACCAGCCUUUGUAGAAAGUGAAAUGAAAAAGAAAUUUGGAAUUGACAUUGGAUAUCACAAGGCAUGGCGUGCUAUUCAAAAAGCUAUUGCUUCCAUAAGGGAAACACCGGAAGAGAACUACCAGAUUCUUCCUUCAUACCUACACAUGAUGGUGCAUAGAAAACUAGGGACGUACAUUAGUAUAAAAAGAGAUAAGCAGAAUCGACCCGUGAUUGCAGUAGAUGCAACAUUUUUAAAGUUAAAAUAUCAUGGCGUUCUAUUUGUUGUUGUAUCAAAGGAUGCAAAUAAUCAAAUCUUUCCUCUAUCUUUUGGUAUAGCAGAUUCAGAAAACAAUGAUGCUUACAUUUGGUUCUUCGGGGAAAUGAGAAAAGCAAUUCAAGUCCAUCGUGAACUGGUUUUCUUAUCAGAUAAAAACCAAUCAAUCGCAAAUGGGAUUAGAAAAGUUUAUUCUGAAGCUCACCAUGGAAUGAAAUUCAUUGUUGACUUAAAGAAGAGAACUUGUGACUGCUUGGAAUUUCAACUUGAUGAAUUGCUCUGUUCACACGCAAUUGCUGCUAUUAAUAAGAGAUAUUUGCAGAAAUCUGAUUAUUACUCAAAAUGGUAUUCAAGGGAAACAUGGUUCAAAACAUAUGAAGGACAUGUGAAUACUGUGGCAGAUCAAAAUGCAUGGGAUAUUCCACAAAAUGUAGAAUCUGAAAUCACAAAACCUCCCGAUGUAGAGAUUUUACAAGGAAGAUGA